AUGAAAGCAGCUGAAAGAAAUAUAUUAAAGGAGACGAGCAUCGCCACGUCACCAUCGCCCGUGGGUCCCACUUUGUCAUUUCGCCAGCUGUCAUUUUGGUCAGCAAUCGCCAUGAUUGAUGUCAGUGAUUCCUCAAUUCAAAUCAUUAGCUUCAUUUUAAGUCCAUCAAGCUUUUUUUGUUCUACUACAAAGAUGGUGAACUACUGGAAAUCGAAGGUCCUUCCGAAGAUCAAGAAAGCUUUCGAGAACCCGAAAAAGGCGGCUGCAGCGGAGGCCUGCAAGGCCUUUGAUGAAGCUAAGGAGCAAUAUUCGAAAGAGUUGGAUGAGAAAAAAACCGAGCUUCAACCCAAAGUCGUUGAAAUCUACGAAGCUUCUUCGACCGAGAUUAAGGCUUUGGUGAAGGAGCCAAAGGGCUCGUCUGUGAAGAAGCACUCGGCUGCAGUUCAGAAAAAAGAAUUUCCGGGUUCGAAACCGGUUUGCGAAGCGGCUACUAAAGUGGGGCCAGCAUACAUGGUGGGCCCGAUCUCGUUCGUCUUGGAGAAAGUGUCUACAUUAGUAGUGGUUAAGGAGGAAGAAGAAAAGAAAGUCGAGCAGCCAAAAACCGAGCCGGCUGCAGAGGAAGCCAAUAAGACCAUCGUCGAGGAAAAGAACAUUGUUGAGAAAGAGGAAUCAGCUCCAUCUGUCGAGAAAGACGAAGCACAGGCAAAACCGGAAGAAGAAGAACCAAAGCCUUGA